AUGGUUUUACUAACUCCAAAUUGCAGUGAUGAUGAGAUUGACGGGAUAUGCUGUGAAGAAAGCGGUAAUAACGACUGUCAUUUAGACGAUGGGUGGUACGUUAAUGUUCCGAGUGAAAUCAAAAGUGACUAUAUUUGUGGUGAAGAAAGUGAUGGUGAUGAUGAGGAAGUAACACUAUCAGAAGUCGAUGAAUUAGAAGAUCUAGAAGACGAUGAAUCCGAAACUAUGAUGAUGACUACGAAGAAGAUGAAGAAGACGAUGAAGGAGACGAUAAUGAACAUGAACAUGAUGACGCUGAAGACGACUUAUUUGAAGUAA